AUGCCACCUGGCGUUGCAGUGUCCCCAAGUUCGAUUUCAUCGGGAUAUGCAGCUUGCUCAUUGAUCAACGUAGACAGAACAGAUCAGCAACAAGCUCUCCGUGGCAAUUUCCCGGAAAAUAUGGAUUCACAUAUGGGAAUUAGUAGCAGUAGUAGUAGCAGUAGCAGCAGCAGUAGCAGCAGCAGCAGCAGCAGCGCUAGCAGUGGGGAGAGUGCUGAACUUUCAGACAAAGAUCAACUUCAGGUGCAAUCCUGUUACAAAGGCUUAAAAACACAGGUGUACGUGUGUGGAUCGAUGGCCAACUUGUACGUGCACAACUCGUCUCCGGAAGGCAGCUGGGACCUGAAGUUCACCGGGAUCCCGGUUGUGUUGUACGACAGCGGGGAGACCAGGUCCAGAGACAAGCCCCGCAUCCAGAUACUUCUAGUGGAGCGCGGCACGUGCUUCGCCCUGUGGCGGGACACUAUCGACAACUUAACCUCGUACAAGGUGUCCAGCCAGGGGUUCCACACCAUGUGCUUGUCGACCGACCACACCCAGCUGAUCGGAUUGAGCUUUGACUGUUCGGAAGCUGCCCAGCAGCUGUGGUCGCACAUCGACCGGCUCACUUCCGACCCGGAGAACAUCCGGCUGUCCGGUCCCGGAAACCGGUCGAAGAGCGCCAGAAAACAGAAACACAGACCGGCGCCUGUCCGCCGGCUCCCGGACAAGUCGCACAUAUCCACACCGUGCUGCUUCGAGCACAUCACCAACGUCGAGGUGUCCGACCGGUCCAGAUACUUGUCUCUGCAAAGUCUCGUGCCAACUCCGGCAAUGGUGCCGCUUGACGCCCCUUGA